AACCCGAUAACAUGAGAAGCUGUCCCAGAAGGGGUUAAAAAUAUGAACUAAAACCUCAGAGGUUUCAAAAAAGUAAAUGCUCAAGUUAAGAGAAGAUACCCGAAAAAUCUGCUUAAGUACAGUUUUUCCCUUACACUUUGUAGUAUUUAGGAUUGGAGAGGUUUGCCGGAAUGCGCAUUCAACGUCAUUGUAAGGAGGGUCAAAACGAGAAGGUAAGAGGUGGUAGGCGAGAGUUCCGCGCAGGGGGGUGGGUUGGGGUGUUUUAGAGGAGGGCCCGAGCAGGACCCUGAUGACAUCUCCAAACAUGUCAGCAGCACACAUUGGACAACACAGCCCUGCCCUCAGAAGCAAAGCACGCCAUCGACAAGGGCAAAGCUGUUUUGUCUUGGCCUCCACGACCAACCCAUUGUACGUCGACCCCCCGGUUGAGUCCUUCCACUCACAUCUUGUCAUCCGCUACUUUUUGGGAUAACCUUACACCAUGACCCUCCAGUCCGUGAUCCGCUUCUCGAGUGUCUUUCUCGUCACGCUGACCGCCUUGAUCUCGAGCAGUCCCGUCAGUCCACCCGAGAGUCGUCCCCGGAGGCCCUCUGUGGUUCGGCACGCGCGUGACAAUACGCUGCAUGACGCGCAAGACUUUCUCAGCCACUUUCUGUCUACGCUGAACCUGACGGGGGAGAUGCAACUGGAGCAGAGGCCCCUGGCUUCACCGAAGGACCCACCAGAGUACAUGCUGGAACUCUUUGAGCAAUUUGCCAAUCACCGGACGACCGUCGGGCCUUCCGCCAACAUUGUCCGCAGUUUCAAUAACGAAGAUUCUUCCCCUUUCGGAGUGACCGCCAGGGGAGUAAGGACACACCCCUUGCUCUUCAACAUCUCAGUGCCCCACCACGAGUACAUCACCAGAGCCGAGCUUCGCCUUUUCACCCUCGUCCACGGAGCCCAAAGACCCUUUGCCGGCCUUGAGUGCAAGGUGACCAUUUACAAAGUGCACAAUGGCGUAGUUUGGAUCAAGGAGGUCGGGAACGAGGUGAGAAGGCGGGAUCAAGAGGAGUCUAAAGACCUGGAGGAGCUAGUGACAAAGCACAUCCACGCCAAAGAUAAAAGCUGGGUUUCCUUGGACCUGACUCAUGCGGUUGCGCUCUGGCGGAAGUACGGCGGAGUGACGCACAAGCUGGAGGUCCACGUCGCCAUCUUAGGUCCCGAGGAGGAGGUCACGUGGGGCGAAGGUGAGGUUUUUGUAGACAUCGAGCGAAACGUGGAGGGGAACCACAACGCGGUGAUGAUCGUUUUCUCCGACGAGCCCAACAAACGCGAUAAUGCGCGUGAGAAGGACCGUCCCGAAAACACGGAGCAGAUUCUGUUCCGGCCGUUUGUUAGCCACAACGGGGAUGAGCGCAAGCUUAUCUACGAAACCCCUGCUCGGGUCCGCCGCGACGUCAAGGGCAAAACCUGCAGGAGAACUCCGCUCUUUGUGGAUUUUAAAGACAUUGGCUGGAACGCGUGGGUCCUCCGGCCGGAGGGCUAUGAGGCCUACAUGUGCAACGGAGUGUGCGCCCCGCCCAUGACCUCGGAGGUCUUGCCCACCAAACAUGCCAUCGUGCAAUCACUGCUCAGUGUUAAGAGUCCGGAGAGGGCAUCGCGUGCCUGCUGUGUACCCACUAAGCUGGAGCCCAUUUCGCUCCUUUAUUUCGAUAACGGGGUGGUCACCUUCAACCACAAGUACGAGGGCAUGGUAGUAGCAGAGUGUGGCUGUAGAUAGUGACGCACACACAUAGCGACACGCUCACACAGAGGUAGAGACUGUGCACCGAUGGAUUCUAGCCUGUGCUUGUUGUAUCCACACAUCGUCACACUUUAACAAUGACACUACGUGGUGUAAAAAUAUUGUAUAAAUGCAAAUCUCCAGUCAUUAUACUACUAUUUAAAGUUAUGUCAAUGUUGUGAUGUGCAGUAUGUCGCUUUGUUUGUUGUAUGCCAUGACCAUAAUGUUGUUUAGACCAGUGAUUCCCGAGUGCCGUGAGAGAUUAUUCGGUAACUGUCCAAUAUUAUAUCCGUGAUCAUAACAUUUUUUUCAUCAAUGGCCGGCGUCAGGCCAACAUUUGUCAAGAUUUGGUUGAUUACAAUUUUUUUUUUCCCAAAUUGAAGCGGAAGGUACAGAAUUCCAUGUGUAUCAACAUUUUGGGACAUAUUUUUAUGUGCCUCGUCCACAAGCCUUAGUACACUUCAUUAGGUAUGCCUAAUGAACAAUCAUAAUGACAAGAAUGGCACCGACCCCCCACCCCCGCAACACGUGAGAUUCCAAGAAACCGAGGUUGGCCAUAAUUCCGAAAGUAUGUUCGAUUCAAUUGCUUUUGGACUAUUUUACAGAUGGAACUGGGGCCUUAGUCAAGCACGAGGGAAGUAUGAACAGUUCCAAUUUGUGGUCACAGUGUGAGCACAAAACCUUUCGCGCCUCUGCUAGAGAGGAAAAAAAAAAUGUCAGGAAAAAGCCUACUAGAACAUUUGGAAUUUGCUUGCAGCCCAUCAGAGGCACUUUAAAUGGUGGCAGGUGUGAGUUUGAAUGUAAUUGGUUAAUUCUGAACGAAGCCACAUCCCCGGUUGCAACUAUAAAACAUUUUUUCACUUUUGAUAGCUUUCAACCACAAUGUCAUGAGGUCAAAAUGGCAUUGUAAUUGUCCUUCAUCUGUUGAUUUCCAUUUUCAUACCUGUGCAAUUAUAUGUCUGGAAAAAUAAACACAUACUGUGAAUAGAUUU